UUCUGUCUUGAUCCUUCCCAACAACCCUUCUUAGCCAUAUCAGAUCAGACUACCUGCAGACCAAUCCUGAAUUCCCUCUCACAUCUUCAACGCUUUGAUUUUUAGAGGGAAGUUGGAAAUAUCUUUUUCGCCAUGGCACCAACACCAGGCAUCCUUUACGUAACUAUGCAACCUAAAUCCUCUCUCCCAAUCCCCCAAUUCCACGACUGGUACAACAAUGAACACGGCCCUGGCCGCCUCCGUCUCAGCUUCUGCCAAAAUGGCUUCCGGUACCGCGCCAACGACAUCUUGGCCCACAGCCCUGCUUCUGAGACUAGGCCGGAAUGGAUGGCGAUUUACGAUAUCGAGGAUAUGGACUGGUUGACGAAAGAUGUGUACACGAAAUUGCGGUUACCACCGGUGCAGAGCCAGAGGGAGAGGGAUACGAUGAAGCAGAUUAAAGUUGAUAGGCGAUUCUACGAUUUUGUGGAGGAAGUUAGAGGGGAGGGGUUUAAGAGGAUGGAGGAUAUGGAAAAUUGUGCGGAAGGCAAUGUUAUGGUUGCUGUAUUUUUGAGUCUCCAUCCCGGUGACGAUAAGGAGAAAGAAUUGGCAAGGUGGUAUAAAGAAGAACAUAUCCCACUUCUCAUGAAAGUCCCAGGGUGGAGACGAACUCGUAGAUUUGUGACUAGCAAUCUGGAGCCGGAGAGGGAGAAGGAGUUUCUAGCGCUACAUGAGUAUGCGCCUGUGAAUGGGUUGGGUGGACCGGAGUUUGUGGCUGCGACAAGUACGAAGUGGAAUGAUGAGAUUUAUAGGAGUGUGGUGGGUGAGAAGAGGAGGAGAACGUAUGAUUUGUAUUAUACGUUUGGACCGGCACCUAGGGACCUUUCUUCCUUGUCGACGCCCGAGACUGUGGCUGCGGAGAGCCCAGAUGGAUUGACGAAGACGAUUCCCGCGAGCGCUGUAUUGACGGGGUAUCCGGCAAUUGAGUCUUUUGUCACAACUCCAGACAGAGUAAAUAUCCCCUACCGUCUUGAAGGCUCCUCCGACCCCAAUGCCCCUGUCAUCGUCCUCGUAAAUUCGAUCCUCGUCAACAUCGGCAUCUGGGAUUCAUUCGUCCCUCACCUCCUCAAAACUACAAACUACAAAUACCGCAUCCUGCGCUACAACACCCGGGGUCGGACUUCCGUCCCCACAGAAAACAAACGCCCAAUUACAGUCGACGUCCUCGCCUCCGACAUCAUCACCCUCCUUAAUGCCCUCCGCGUCCCCACGGCCACAGCCGUGGGCGUCAGCCUUGGCGGCGCUACUGCGCUGAACGCAGCUCUCAAGUACCCAACCCGCAUCACUGCGUUCGUGGCCUGCGACACAAACUCCGUCGCUCCGCCUGGGAAUCCAAAAGCAUGGGGCGAGCGGAUCGAAGUUUGCGAAACGGAAGGCGCGAAGGCUUCGUCUGGUGAACCCAUCGUAGGUAACCAGUUAGCUGAGCUUACGGUACGGAGGUGGUUUACGAAAGAGAGUUACGCUUCUUCUGCGAUUUUGCCAGAGAUUGAAAGGGUCAAGAACAUGGUGAAGGAGAAUAGUUUGCAGGGGUUCAAGGAGAGUGUUCAAGCGCUGUAUCAAUAUGACUUUAGGGAGUUGAUGAGGGGGUAUCAGGGGAAAGGUGCAUUUGUAGUUGGGGCGGGUGAUGGCGUGCUGCCGAAGACGAUGAAGGAGAUGGCGGAGACGCUGGGGACUGGUGUGGAGUUGAAGGUUGUGGAUGGGGCGGGUCAUUUGCCGAUGGUGGAGAGGCCAGAGGUGGUGGCGGAGUUUGUGGAGGUAGUUACGAAUCAGUUUGUGGAGAUUGGUAUUGUGGCUAAGGGUGGCGAGCAAGGAUCAGAGAGUACAUUGGCUUUUCUAGAAGGUAUGCAAGUGGAUGUUCAACCCCUCUUCUCUAAUCUCGACAUUGGGAAUCCUCGUUCUAUUAGGGGAAAGGCUGACAGGGUUUUUGGAGCACCUCUACCUUUCUCUGAGUGCUGUUCGAGAUGUCUUGAGGAUAUCGACAGCAGAGAUGGGGCCUGGAAAACCUUCUGUGCAUUAAAAUUAUCCGUGAGGCGCAAGCUCGUCCAUUUAGAUGAUGGCGAUACCCUGACAAACCACAAGAAGAUUCGCGAGAAGAUUCACAAGAAGUCACGCAGAAAUAUGGGUGAGUGGGGGCACUUCGAAGCGGUUAUGGCUCUUGGCUCGGACGCCACUGACAGUGCUCUGUCCUCUGCAUUCUUUACCAAUAGGUCCAAGGAGUGUGCUGCAUAG